CCGCGCUUCUCCUAUGGGCGUCUGCUGGGCUCCGUCUGCGGUGCCUCGGAGCGCGGCCGCGGGAGACCAGGCUGGGACCCCGCUGUGGACUAUAUCACCCCAAGGCGAGGGAGAGACCAGGGACCCGAGGAGGAGGCUCCAUCCCGUCAUUGCAGAAUGUUCUGGAAGCUCUCUCUCUCCUUCUUCCUGGUGGCCGCGCUGGUGAGGGUGGCUGAAGCCCGGAAGAACCGGCCGGCGGGCGCCAUCCCCUCUCCUUACAAGGACGGCAGCAGCAACAACUCGGAGAGAUGGCAGCACCAGAUCAAAGAGGUGCUGGCCUCCAGCCAGGAGGCGCUGGUGGUGACCGAGCGCAAGUACCUCAAGAGUGACUGGUGCAAGACGCAGCCGCUGCGGCAGACGGUGAGCGGCGAGGGCUGCCGCAGCCGCACGAUCCUCAACCGCUUCUGCUACGGCCAGUGCAACUCCUUCUACAUCCCGCGGCACGUGAAGAAGGAGGAGGAGUCCUUCCAGUCCUGCGCCUUCUGCAAGCCCCAGCGCGUCACCUCCGUCCUGGUGGAGCUCGAGUGCCCCGGGCUCGACCCGCCCUUCCGACUCAAGAAGAUCCAGAAGGUGAAGCAGUGCCGCUGCAUGUCCGUGAGCCUGAGCGACUCGGACAAGCACUGAGCCGGCCGGGCGCAGCCCCGCGGCGUCCUCGCCCCGA